CCAAACCCCAAAACUUUGUCCCCAUCCCCCAAAAUUCCCCAAUUCCCCUCUCAACAAAAUCCCUCAAAUUAGGGUUUCCAAUUUCCUCUCCACCAAUUAUGGGUUCUCUCGCCGAUCCAGGCGAACUCGACUCGGUGUCACCACCACCGAGUUUCGAUGAGUUCCAAAGACAAACAUCCUUAAUGACAAGUUGCACCCUUUUAUGGAAAGAACUAUCUGAUCACUUCACUUCACUUGAACAAGACAUCCUUAAAAAAUCCGAAUCUUUAAAGUCGAAAAUCCAAACCCUAGAUUCCCAAACCAAACAAUCUCUCCAACUUCUCGAACAUCGUGAGACUUCAAUGAAUGAAACACUCUCAAUUGCUUUACAAAAAGUUGUUGAAAACAAGAAAGCUGCAAUUUUAGCCUUGAAUGAUGGUGUAGAGCAACCUGAAGUGGAUGACAGUAAUGGGUUGUUGUUAAAAUUGAAGAGUUUUUGUGUUAAGAUGGAUUCAACAAGUUUUUGGAAGUUCUUGAUUGUGAAAAAGAAAGAUUUGGAUUCUUUAAGGGUUGAAAUACCUAAAGCUUUAGAAGAAUGUGUGGAUCCACCAAGAUUUGUGUUGGAAACAAUAUCAUCAGUGUUUCCAGAGGAUAAAAGGGAAAAUGAGAGGAAUAAUGAUUUGGGGUGGGCUUGUGUGUUGAUGUUGGAGUCAUUGAUACCAGUUAUGAUGGAUCCUGUAUUGGGUAAUGAGAGGAAAUUGGUGACACCAAGUGUGAAAGAUAAGGCUAAUGAGAUAGCUGAGAUAUGGAAGAAGAGUUUGGAUGAAAGAGGUGGGAUUGAGAAUGUUAAGACACCUGAUGUGCAUACUUUCUUGCAACAUUUGGUGACUUUUGGUGUUGUGAAAGAUGAGGAUUUUGACUUGUAUAGGAAACUUGUUGUUGGGUCUGCUUGGAGGAAACAGAUGCCUAAAUUGGCUAUAUCUCUUGGUCUUGGUGAUAAAAUGCCUGAAAUGAUUGAAGAAUUAAUCAGCCGGGGACAGCAAGUUGAUGCUGUACAUUUCACUUAUGAAGUUGGACUUGCAGAUAAGUUCCCUCCUGUUCCCCUUCUGAAAGCUUUUCUAAAGGAUGCGAAAAAAGCUGCUGCGGCAAUACUGGAAGAUCCAAAUAAUUCCGGGCGAGCUGCGCACUUUGCUGCCAAAAAAGAGCAAUCGGCAAUUCGUUCUGUUCUCAAGUGCAUUGAAGAAUACAAGCUUGAAGCUGAAUUUCCACCAGACAACCUUAAGAAGCAACUUGAGCAGUUGGAGAAGCCGAGGAAUAAUGAGAAAAAGAGGUCACCAGCUGCUGUACCAGCAAAUAAAAGAACGAGAGCCAGUAAUAAUGGUCCUAUGCCUCCUGCUAAGGCAGGCCGUUCAACAAAUGCCUACGUCUCAUCUUUCCCUAUUAGGUCUCCACCACACACCCAAUACCCCGCUGCAGUUCCAGCAUUUGUUAGGUCUCCACAACACACCCAAUACCCCGCUGCGGUUCCAGCAUAUGCGGCCCCACCAGCCAUCUACGGUAGCCGGAGCCCACCUUAUCCUUACUCCCCAGAAGCUGCUCCAUAUCCAGGCACACCAGUGAACUACUCUCCAUACGGAGGCUAUGGCAAUGGUAUGGCCCCAGCUUACCAGCAAGCUUACUACCGAUAGACAUAACAUGCUUCUAAACUGGUGACAACUGAUAUGAUGACCCAAUCUAAAUUUCUUUUUAUAUGGCUUGUAAUCAGUAAUCACUAACCUUUAAUGGUAGCUUUAUGUGUGUGUUAAUUCCUAAUUCUGACUUUUAUCCUGCUUUCUUGCUUCGCAAAACAGCAGGUUGUAUUUCUGAUGUUAAUUGAAUGUGUAGUAUUAGGUGGUUGUGAAAAGUAA